AUUCAUGGGACAUAUAAUCAUUACCGCUACUCUCCAUAAUGCUUGUCGCUUUUGUCCCCAAUCAUCAACGAGUGGUGGUGGUGGCGGCGGCGGCGGAGGAUUGAUGUGCAACACUUGCAUAUUUUGGUAAAUCAAAACAAUCUGGACAUGUGAGAGAGAGAGAGGAGAGGGAGGGGGAGAAAUUUACCAAAAUAGCAUGGCCAUGACGGCAGCAAUCUUCUCCUCCAACACCAAUAUCCUCUCACCUCCUCCGCAGCGCCACCCGCCCCUCCGCUCCUCUUCCGCCCUCCAAUUUCCUGUUAAAUAUAGCACGCAGCAAUUCCGUUAUAGUUCUAAUUAUAGCUCGCCUGCUGCUCCAAUUCUCAGCUGCGUCUCCGCCGCUGCCGCCGAAGCCGCCACCACCACCGCCGACGACCUCGAUUCCGCUUCGAUUUCGACAACCAGCAGCUGGGUGGAAUUUGCCGAAAAGGUGUCGGGAGAAUGGGACGGAUUUGGGGCGGAUUUCACGGCGGAGGGGCAGGCGGUGGAACUGCCGGAAUCGGUGGUGCCGGAGGCGUACCGGGAGUGGGAGGUCAAGGUAUUUGACUGGCAAACGCAGUGCCCCACCCUCGCUGAAACCCUAGGCAGCUCCCCCUCUCUCACGUACAGAUCCAUCAAGCUCCUCCCCACCGUCGGAUGCGAAGCCGACGCCGCCACCGUCUACACCUCCGAGGAGAGAAACAUCUCCGAUGCCUCCGCCUUCGCGUAUGCUUCCACCGGAUGCUACGUAGCGGAACGAAGGAUCGAUUCCGCAGCCAAAUCGGUGGAGCUGGAGUAUUGCCUGAUUGAUCCUACUAACAAAGAGUCGAGGGUGAGGGUGAUUCAGGUGCUCAAUUUGCAGGAAUCCGAGCCGAAAUUGGCUCGGAUCAAGGUGUUUGUGGAGCAAUGGUACGGCCCCUUCCGGAACGGCGAUCAGCUCGGCGGAUGCGCCAUUCGCGACUCGGCCUUCGCCGCCACCGACCGCCUCGAAGCUUCGCGAGUUUGUGGUGUUUGGCAAGGCAUCGGCGCCGUUGCCAGAUUUGACGCCUCUCACAAUAUGAUCCAACAACUUGGUGAUGAACGUGCAAGCAAAUCGAUCAGAGAUGAGAGAGGCCUUGUGUUACUCCCCAAACAACUAUGGUCUUCAGUGAAGAGAGGCGGCGCCGCCGCCGCCGACGAAAUCUGCUGUGAAGUCGGAUGGUUGUUGGAUGAGGGGCGAGCCAUCACUUCAAAAUGCAUCUUCUCAAGCGAAGCAGAGCUUAAGGUAAAUUUUUCUUCCCUGUUUUACUGCUGUAUAUAUAUUCAUUGCAAUUUGCAAUAAUAACUCAUACUAAUCUAUUCAACACAAUUCUUUGCAGGAGAUUGCAAUAGCUAAUGAAACUGCAACUCAAAUAUAAUUAAUUACUGCAACUUACCGCAAGCAGCUGAGUAUUUGUAAAAUUAGUUGUGUAUUUAUUUUUGUUUAUCAACGGUUAUAUGAUUGAUUAUACACAUUAUCAUUAUACGAUA